AUGAAGAUAUAUUCUCUUACAGUCUUUUCUAAGGAUGAUAAAAGUGCAGUGAAUUUAGUGGGAGAGUAUGAUCUCUCUAAUUUCGGUUUUUUUCAACGAAGCAGUGUUCAAGAGUUUAUGACUUUUUUCGCAAAAACUGUGGCCGAAAGGACAAAACCGGGCCAGCGACAAGUUAUUGAAGAGAAUAAUUAUGUAUUCUACUCUUAUGUAAGGGCUGAAGGUCUCGCAGGAAUUAUUAUUGGUGACAAUGAAUAUCCACAACGUGUGGCAUUUUCUUUGUUGAAUAAAAUUCUCGACGAAUUCCUUAUAAAGUUUCCAAAAGAUACCUGGAAACCCCAGACUAUUGUCUAUCCAGAACUUAAAACCUACCUGGUAAAAUAUCAAGAUCCAAAGCAAGCAGAUCAAAUUACCAAAGUUCAAGAACAAUUGGAUGAAACUAAACUUGUCAUGAAUAAAACUAUAGAGACUCUUUUGCAACGUGGCGAAAAAUUGGAUGAUCUAAUUGAUAGAUCACAGGAGAUUUCUUUUCAAUCAAAAGCGUUUUAUAAACAAGCGAAAAAGACUAAUAGUUGUUGUACUAUUUCGUAA